CAGAACAUUCGUCAACAUCACGAUGAGGGAUGAGGUGGCAGCCAUUGACCAUUAAAUACUAAUAAUAACUUAGAGAGGAGGCACGGACUUUUUAUAUACUUGGCGAUUGAUCGCUCUUCCUUACAUGCAAAAACGUUUUAACAUUCAUUACGGACGAUCGAUUUCAGUUACGAGGGUCUUCUAAGAGUUUCGCAUAGUCAAUGGUUCUGUCAAUAUAAGCAAGAAUUGCGGCUGCAUUUUCUAACCUCUCGUCUAAUGACUUUUAGGCGAUUGCUUUCAACGGUUUUUGACAUUUGACAUAUGCUACCAUCGUCAGAAUGGUCCUGUUGGAGAACGACGCGUUCUUAGCGGAGCUAACCAAACUCUUUGAGAAGUCGCGUCUGUCUGGUGCAGUGUCACUCACUAUUAAGAGAUUUAAUGGACAUAAUAAACCUGUGCCCAGGAAAGGUAGGCCUUCUCUACCGACUCCGACAGAGUAUCUUUGUCUAGUUCGUGCAUCUUUUCGCAAUAAGAAAAUCUCUACUGUUAUUCAUUCCAAAGAUGUAAACAAAUUCCAACAGGCGUAUUGGACUCUCUUAAAGACAAAUAUAAGUGGGCUGAAGAAACUGAAGAAGGCAAAAUCAACAAAGCCGAAGGUUCACUGACCCAAGGAGGACUAACUGCAUAGCAGUUGUUCAUUUCUUUGUUAUUAAAACUCUUUUAUAUACUGUGUUCGCCAUAUAUCGACAUUUGUCUACUACGUAAACCGAGGAGAAAGAUGCAUUUUGUGCAACAUUUUGUAUAGACUAAUGUAUAAAAGGUAAAUAAUAUUGUUAUGAAGCACAUACAUACAACCGCAUUUUAUAAAUGCGCAUUUUCAUAAACUUGUGCAAUCAUAAUAAAGCAAUAUUCAAUUA